AUGGUUCGAAAAUUGCUACGAAUCAAAAACCGAGUUACCACACCAAAUGUUAAAAAUUUUGCCAAAAUACUAGCCAAUAACUUAAUUUCAGGUGUAUUCAAAUCAGGCGAUAUCGUGUGGGCUCCAUAUAGGCGUAUUCCCGAAUGGCCAGCUAUAGUGCGUUAUUUUCUCUCUAUUUGUCCUCAGCUUUCUUGGAGCUCGAUGCUUUUGUUCUUGUCUGUUCGAUGUAUUUAUCCGAGAAAGGUGACGUAUUCGUUUUUGCCAGAUGCAGUCGAUAAAACGGCCAUGAAAUCAGCAUCAUUCAGUUGUCCUCCUUCUAAACUUCGCCAUAUUUCAAUAAUUGACACGAUACCGAACAACGCAAGUGAUGAACUGAAAGAAGCAUUUGAGGUGGCAGUAGAUCUUUUAAAAAAUAAUGGCAAAAAAUUGGAAACAACUGUCACAAUGAAAACGCAAAAACGUGCAUUGGACGGUUCAGGUGAAUCUAUCGCUUCUGUUGAAUUAGGCUCUCCUAUAACACUAACAUCUUUUGCCAAUAUUGGCGAAGUAGUUUGGUUAAAUGUGCCGGAUCAUUUAGCAUGGCCCGUUCUGGUUCGUGAGGUGAAAAAAAAAUUCGCUAUGGUGGAUCCAUUUCCUCUUCAGCAGGACCAUAAACCAGAAAUUUAUCCUCUUAGUGCUUGCAAACGAUUUGAUUUUAGCAGUAAGGCGCUGGCUGGAGCAAUUAAGAGGGAAAAUAACCGGGAAUUAAAACAGGCACUACAAGGCGCUUAUGAUUAUCUGUAUCUGCAAAAAAGCCGUGCAUUCUGCGAAGCUCCAAUCGAUUCAUGUGAAUCAAUCCAAAAAAAUAUUGAAUCAAAUAAAUUGAAAGAAAUAAGGAAGCAGUGGAAUGAAGGAAAUUUGGACAUGGAAGAUGAAGAAGAUGAGGACUAUAGCUCAAAUAUAGACCAAAGUAAAAUGAUCUCUAAGGCAGUAUAUGGCAGUGGCUCGUCCGAUCAACCAAAUGUAGCCAUCAAAGAACUUACAAUUCCGAGGCAGAAUUUCGGUUUAUCAAAACAUAAUGCGAAAAAAAUGAAAUUUUCUGAGGAUCUGGAGGAUUUGGAAUCAGAAAUGAACGAAAAACUAAAUAGUUUAGUUAAAGGCGAAAUAGCUUGGAUUAGACGUUCGGUCAAUAAAAAAUCAGUUAAAUGGCCUGUUCUUAUACUUAAUGUGGAUAAAGAAUGUCAAACGUGUACAUACCUCGAAUUACCUGUUGAUAAUGGUAAUAAAGAAGCUCAGGAAAGAUCAUGUUCUACCAAAUUAUCAAAUAUUCUUUUAUACGACACAGUUGCCUAUGAAUUCGAGGAUGUUGAAGAUGAUGUGUUGCGUUCGGCCAUCGAUCAAGCUGAAAGUAUCAUCCAAGGUCAUCACAAAGUUGACAUUGAUUUCGAAGAAAAAGCUAAUGGAGAGAAUUCUACGGAUGCUGCAACUGAAGAUAUUAGUAUUGGACAUGGAAUAUUGGAUUCUGAUAACAUACUUAAAUAUUCCAUGUCAUACAUGUGCAUGCGCCAUUUAAAAGCUAUAGCAUCUGAACAGAUUGAUUGUAGUCGUCAUAAAACUUAUUCCAUUCCAUCUUAUUUGCCUUUGCAUUUCGAUUUAAAAAUAGGUAGUUUGUUGGAUGAAGCUUCUAUUUCCUGUUUAAUUGAAUAUAUUGAUGAUCAUAUACCCAGAAUCAAAUCGAUAGGUGGCACUUCUUCGUUACGACGUCUUCAUUACAUUGUCACUGUUGCAUUGCCAGAAGCCAUUAUUUAUGCUAUUAUGCAGCUACGAUGCUGUACGAGAUCUGAGGCAUAUCGAAUAUAUGAUACAUUAAUAAAAGGAAAUGAGAAUGAAACUGGAAACUGA